AUGGCCGGCUGCUCAGGUCCGGAGACGUCAAUCAACCCGGAAACGGCUGGCCAAGCCCGUUCCAUCCCGGUAACAGCCGAACCUGUCGUGAUGCGAUCCGAGCGAAGCCGCAUCAACGCUGUCGGCAUUUCGCGCGCGCUGCGCUCUGCUGAAAUUUACGCCGCUGCAACAGGUGAGGUCGACGCAGUCCACUUCGGUGGCGGCGAAAAAGUAGCCGCCAACAGUUUACUGCUUACCUUGGACGCCCGAGAUGAGCGCCUGGCAGUCGCACUCGCGGAGGUGCAACUGCAGGAUGCCGAAACAACACUAACGCGAUAUCAGAAGGCGCGGGGCGCCAAUGCCGUACCUCCAACAACACUGGACACAGCCAGGACCGCACUGGAAAGUGCUCGUAUCACCCUGCAAAGGGCCCAGGUUGCGCUCGACGAUAGAUACGUGCGCGCCCCGUUCCAGGGUAUCGUUGGACUCACCGAUGUGGAGCCGGGAGAUCGAAUAGAUGAGAGUAAUCUCAUCACAACCAUCGAUGACCGCUCUUCUCUACUGGUGCAAUUCGAAGUGCCUGAAGCUUUUGUCGGACGGGUGUCGGAAAGUGAUCGCGUCAACAUAGAAACCUGGACAGUCGAUCGGAUAAAAGCCUCAGGCACAAUCGUUGCGCUGAGCAGUCGCAUAGAACCAACAACCCGAGCCAUUCGUGCACGCGCGCAGAUACCCAAUCCUAACGACCAACUUCGUCCGGGCAUGAGUUUCCGCGUGGUCCUCGAUUUAGAGGGCGCGGUCUGGCCUGCGGUACCCGAGCUUUCUUUACAAUGGGGUGCAAGCGGUCCCUAUAUUUGGACCGUGAGCGAAGGGCUGGCAGAGCGCAUCAACGUCACUGUCAUCCAGCGCCUGGAUGGCAGGAUCCUGCUGGAUGCACCUUUGACCACCGAAGACCUCGUCAUCGCCGAGGGUGUGCAGCGCAUGCGUCAGGGCACCCGGGUGGAGGUGCUUGACGCCCAGGACAGCCUGCCCGCCUUAGGUGUACGCCGACCCUGGCUGGUAACCGUUCUUCAUCUGCUGAUUGUCAUCGCCGGGCUGGCUGCACUGCUUGGCGUCGAAGUGCGCGAGUUGCCCGACGUCGAUCGCCCCAUAGUGAGCGUGCGGGCUGUAUUCCCGGGUGCAUCACCAGAAACCAUGGAUGCGGAAGUCACCAGCCUGAUAGAAGGCGCUGUCGCCAGAGUUUCAGGCGUUAACACGCUGGAAUCUUCCUCGGAAGAAAACAGCGCCCGGAUAAGGGUCGAAUUUCAACCCGGCAUUAAUCUCGACGCAGCAGCAGCCGACGUGCGCGAGGCUGUCAGCCGCGUCGAACGAGAGUUACCGGACGGGCUCGAACAGCUGACCGUGUACAAAUCAGACGAAGAUGCUGAGCCGAUUGUGGUGCUCGCAGCAUCAAGCGAUCUUUAUACCGAAGAAGCGCUGACUCGGAUCGUGGAAAAGGACAUAGUCCCCGAGCUUAUUUCAAUAGCCGGUGUUGCUGAUGUACCUCUGUUUGGGCAGCGCCAACGCUUCCUGAGAGUGGCCGUCGAUCCAUUACGUAUGACCAGUUACGGUCUCAGCAUCAGCGACCUUGCAGAUGUUCUGCGCGAAGCGGCUCUGGAUGUGCCUGUUGGCAGCUUUCGCUCCCGCGACCAGGAUUUACUGGUGCGAACAGAUGCCUCCGCCGUUACCGAAGAGGCCAUCGCUGACCUGGUGAUUCGAGAUGGCAUCCGCGUAGCUGAUGUUGCCAGCGUUUUGUUUGCGCCGGAAGACGCGCAAUCUUUCGGCCGACUUAACGGCCGUCGUGUAGUGGGGUUCGAAAUCGUACGCCAGGCUGGUUCAAACACCAUAGAAAUCAGUGCAGCGGUUGACCGGGCGCUGACAGGUCUUAACCAGCGCCUGGACGGCGUAAAGAUCACCAAGAUCUCCGACAACGCCGAAUUUAUCAGCGGUUCAGUCCGGGAAGUUGUACGCUCCCUGGCCCUUGCAACGCUGGUUGUGUGCGGCGUGAUCUGGCUGUUUUCCGGCUCAUUGAGAAUUACGCUGGUGCCCAGCCUGGCAAUCCCUAUUGCCCUGCUUGGCACGCUCGCCGUCAUUUGGAUGCUCGGAUUCUCCAUCAACAUCCUGACGCUGCUCGCACUGGUUUUGGCGACAGGCCUGAUCGUCGACGACGCGAUCAUCGUGCUGGAAAACGUACAACGACGUCGCCAGGAAGGGUUAGGGGCCAAAGCUGCCGCUGUGCUGGGCACCCAACAGGUAUUUUUCGCGGUUGUUGCCACCACAGCCGUUCUAAUAGCAGCGUUUGUACCCAUCGCGUUUCUACCCGGUACCGCUGGCCGAUUGUUUCAGGAGUUCGGCAUUGUGCUCGCCGUGGCGGUGACGAUUUCUUCAUUCGUUGCAUUGUCUCUGGUUCCGGCCUCUCUCGCAGGCUUCGCCGAUGGCGGAACGGCAAACGCCAGCCGACCCCUCGCCCGCAUCGGUAACCGCCUGACCGGCUUCUACGAAAACGCGCUGAGCACCUCACUCCGUCAUCCUGUCAUAACAGCGAGUUUUGCCAUCAUUCUGGGAGUGGGGGCAGCAGCGAUGUAUCCUCUGCUCGGCCAGGAGCUGCUGCCCGAUGAAGAUCGCGGCACGCUCUAUGUCACCGCGUCUGGCCCUGACGGCGUCGGUCUGGCAUACACGGAAAGACAGGGAGAUCGGAUCGAAGAUGUGUUGCAGCCAUUGCUGGACAGCGGCGAAGCAACCGCACUGUAUACCAUCAUCGGUCGUUACGACCCAAACCGAGCCCAGGUUCUUGUGCGCCUCGCUCCCUGGGACGAAAGACAACGUAGCCAACAGGAUAUCGCAGCAGAACUGCAGCCCAUCCUGUCCAGAAUGCCUGGCGCCAGCGUGCGCGUAUCGAGCCCCAACAGUUUGGGUCUGCGAGGCGAAGGGGGAUUGGAAGUUGCGCUCGUUGGUACCGACUACACAGAAAUUUAUCAGGCUGCACGCGAACUGGCUGAUGAAAUCGAAACAGGACUACCAAAUCUCAUUCGGCCCCGAGUGUCCUACCAGCCAACUCAGCCACAGAUCUCGAUCGAGGUCGACCGCCGACGCGCGACGGAUCUCGGCGUGCCCCUGGCCGAUCUCGCAAGCACACUCAGGGUUAUGAUUGACGGUAUGGAGGUAGUGGACCUGAACGUCGGCGACGAUGCGAUACCCAUCUUUCUCGAGGCACCCAGUGCGACGAUCAAUGAACCCUCAGACCUCGCCAACUUAUAUGUCAGGUCAGGAGACUCGAGCCUUAUUCCUCUGUCAGCCCUGGUUAGCCUCAAAGAGGAAGGUGUUGCGGCAGAGCUAGAUCGACACGCUCAGCGCAGGGGUAUUGAGAUUGACGCCGACGUUCGCACCGGCUAUCCAUUACAGUCGGCGGUAAGUGACCUUCGCUCAUCGGCCGAUAGAAUCCUUCCCCAGGGCAUCACGUUUAUUCCGCUGGGUGCAGCAGCCACGCUGGAGGAAACCAAUCGUGACGCUCUGCUAACGUAUGCGUUUGCACUGCUGAUCGUUUUACUUGUACUCAUCGCUCAAUUCGAGAGUAUCACCAGCGCUCUGGUCGUCAUGUUGAUUGUACCCUUUGGUCUCGCCGCAGCAUUGUUUGCCCUGUUUGUUACCGGCACGACACUGAACGUUUACUCUCAGGUGGGGUUGAUCAUGUUAGUGGGUCUUAUGGCAAAGAACGGCAUCAUUUUAGUAGAGUUCGCCGACCAGCUGCGGGACCAGGGCGCUAGCGUCACUGAUGCCAUUCAGAAAGCUGCACAGGUACGCCUGCGGCCCAUCGUCAUGACACUGGUGUCGACCGUCUUCGGAGCGCUGCCAUUAAUCCUCUCCACUGGGCCGGGUGCGGAGGCAAGACAUGCAAUCGGUUGGGUCGUAUUUGCCGGCCUUGGUCUGGCUGCUGUAUUUACACUCUUUCUGACCCCGCUUGUUUAUCGGUUCAUAGCACCCUUGUCUAAACCCCGGGGCAAUGCCGCAGCAUCCCUCGAACGUGAAUUGCAGCAAUGA